AUGGAGACUUCGUUACUCUGCGCUCUCCACCUGCUGCUGGGGGCUUCUCUUGCCCUUACCCAGACCUUUGAAGGUUCCCACUCCUUGCGGUACUUUGACAUCGCAGUGUCAAGACCUGGCCUAGAGGAGACCCUCUACAUGACCAUUGGUUAUGUGGACAACACAGAGUUCGUGCACUUUAACAGUGCGGCAGUGAAUCCAAGGUUUGAGCCCCUGGUGCCCUGGAUGGAGCAAGUGGGACAGGAAUACUGGAAUGACCAGACUCGCAUUGCCAUAAGUGCAGAACAGCGGAUUCAAACAUACUUCCAGAAACUGCAAGGCUACUACAACCAGAGCGAGAACAGUCCUCACACCAUCCAAAGGAUGACUGGAUGCUACAUUGGACCAGACGGGCACCUACUUCAUGCAUACCGUCAGUUUGGCUAUGAUGGGGAAGAUUACCUCACCCUGAACGAGGAUCUGAGCACAUGGACUGCUGCAGACAUGGCCGCUGAGAUCACCAAGCAACAGUGGGUGACAACUAAUGAGGCUGAGAACUGGAGGGUCUACUUGCAGGGGCCUUGCGUGGUGUGGCUCCGUAAAUACCUGAAGAUGGGAAAUGAGACUCUACUGCGCAAAGUUCCCCCCAAAGCAUAUGUAUCUCGUCACCCCAGACCUGAAGGUGAUAUCACCCUGAGGUGCUGGGCCUUGAGCUUCUACUCUGCUGAUAUCAUCCUGACCUGGCAAAGGGAUGGGGAGGACCAGACUCAGGAUAUGGAGCUUGUGGAGACCAGGCCUUCAGGGGAUGGAACCUUCCAGAAGUGGGCAGCUGUGGUGGUGCCUUCUGGAGAGGAGCAGAGAUACACAUGUCAUGUGCAACAUAAAGGACUACCUGAGCCCCUCACCCUGAGAUGGGGUAAGGAGGGUGAGGCACAUAAUCUGUUGUCAGGGAAACCAGAAGUCCUUCUAGAGACCUUGAGCAGGGUCAAGAUUGAUAUUUGGGGUCAGGGUCCUAUAUUUUUCAUUUCUUUCCAGGCAGGUCUCUCCAGUCUUUCAUCACAAUCAUAGUAGUUGCUGUUGCCCUGGUUCUCUUGGGAGCUUCGGGGGCCACUAUUGUAAUGUGGAGAAGAACUCAGGUAGGGAAAAGGGCAGUCUGAGUUUUCCUUGCAA